CUGUGCGCUAGAAGUAUAAUCUGUGGGAAUAGGAAGGCGUAUGACAGCUGCUGUGCAAAGUGUUAUGAUUGGGGGUUAGAGAAUAGCGAGAACUGUUCAGCUAUUUCAAAUGUUGUGUAGAACAGUAAUUUGUUGGUGCUUAAUAUUACUGAGCUGUAUAGAAUGUGCACAGAGCCAAUCAUAUGAAGAUGUUCGUUGCAAGUGUGUAUGCCCAAAUCCUUCAGUUGUUAAUGUGACACAGUCGAAUCGAAAGCUGUACAUUCGCAAUGUACCUCCUAACCAAUGCAAUUGUGACAAUGUGAUCCUGCCCCAAGUAGGAGAUGAGAUUAAGGGCAAGGAGCAGGAAUUUUGUCCCAGGUGUGAAUGUAAAUAUGAAAGUCGAAAUACAUCAAUAAUUAAGUAUGUAGUCAUAAUAGUUAUUUGGAUAAUUUCCCUCCUUGUCAUCUACAUGCUGUUUUUGAUUUGCUUGGAUCCACUCUUGAACAAACGUGUAAAAGGCAGCUAUCAAGAACACAAUAAUGAAGAGGAUGAGCCCAGCACUAGUGUUGAUGGAACUACCUCACAUGCUAUGGGUGUAAGAGGAAAUGUCCUGAAUCGUGUUGGCCAUCAGCAAGAUAAGUGGAAAAGACAAGUUAGGGAACAGCGAAGGAACAUAUACGACAGACAUACUAUGCUUAAUUAACAACCUUUCAUGCAAAACAUUUUUGUAACUAUUUUAUUCCCAUGGUAUUCUGUACAUCCAAGUAAAUGUAAAUAUGCUUAGAUGUUCCUUUUUGUUUGUCACAUUCUGUUGUAAUGUGUCCUGUCUGUCCAUGUUGUUUUUAAUUCAUUACAUGUAAAUACAUCAGAUCUUAAUAACGAAGUGCACAACUGUUUUCUCAAAUUUGUGAGGAAAUAGACCUGUUACUUCUACUUUCUAAGAACAAAUUAUAUAAAAUGUGUUAAUAAAUUUUGGAAGAUAAAUAAAAUGUUUGUAAUUGUUA